AUGGACGUACAACAGCUACCGUUUCUAGCGGAGUAUUCAAAGAGCAACCGAGCUUCGUGUCGCUUGUGCAAGGAGAAAAUUGAAAAGGAUGUGCUCCGGCUUGCUGCGAUGGUACAGUCGCCAAGGCAUGAUGGCAAGAUACCCCAGUGGUAUCAUGAGGAUUGCUUCUUCAAGAAACAACGCCCGAAAUCCGAGGGCGAUGUAGCCAAUUUUGGGGCACUACGAUACGAAGACCAGAAAAAAAUCCGGAAUGCUAUCGCCUUAUCUGCUGAAGGUAUUGUAGCCACCGCUUGCGAAUUGAAAGGCAAAGGCAAAAAACGAACGGCAGGAGAGACCUUAUUUUUAAAGGAUUACGGUGUAGAAUAUGCACCGUCAGGGCGCUCCAUGUGUCGAGGAUGCGAAAUAAAGAUCCUGAAGGAUGAAGUUCGCAUCAAGAAAGUUUCAUAUGAUACAGAAGUUGGCAUGAAAUACGGUGGCCAAUCGCUUUGGUAUCAUGCAGAAUGUUUCGCUAAGCUCCGCUCGGAGCUGGGUUACUUUGAAAAGGCCGAAGUAAUACCCGGCUUUGGUUCGAUCAAACCUGACGAUCAAGCAAACCUCAAGCAAUUGCUUCCAGCUGUCAAUGCUGAAGAUGUGCCUACCAAGAAGAUAAAGGAAGAGGUCAAAGAUGAGGUGGAAAAGGCAAAGGACGAUGAAGAAGAGAAGCAACUUGCGGCACAACAAGAAGCUUUCUACAAAAUACGGGACACAUUGAAGAACUUGCGGGUAACGAAACUGGAGCUUACGAAAAUUCUUCAACACAACAAACAGGACGUUCCGGAAAGUACUAACGAGGUGCUCGAUCGCGUUUGUGAUAUAAUGUUGUUUGGUGCCCUUGAACGCUGCCAAAAGUGUGGUGGCCAAUACGUUCUGCAGAAAUCGUCGUACGUAUGCAUUGGCAAUCUGACCGAUUGGGUAAAAUGUUUGAACGAAGAGAAAGCCCCACCUCGCAGGGCGACUACAAUUCCGGCCGCCCUGAAGAAGGCUUAUUCAUUUUUGAAUGAUUACAAACCCGUCGUCAGAGAUCGAACGAUUCGUUACGUACCACCGAGCACAAGCGCGGCAAUGAAGAACGUGAUGAAAGAGGAAAAUGUCCCAACGGAACCGAAAGUGAAGAGGGAGAAACCGCCCUUGCACAAUCUUGAAUUUUUAAUUUGGGGUAAAACUCCCACACCGCAGAACCAGCUGAAGCAAAAAAUUCAGAAACUCGGUGGAAAGGUGGUAAAGUAUUUGGCCAGUCAUACCGCUGCUAUUAUUUCUACCCCAAGAGAAGUCGAAAAGAUGGGAUACCGGAUGUUGGAAGCGAAGCAAUUGCAAAUUCAAGUCGUGCCGGAAGAUUUCAUCGAGUGUGCCCAGGCGGGUAAUGCCCUUUCGUAUAUCGUCAGCCAAAGUAUCUGCGACUGGGGUUCGGAUCCACAAACGCGCAUUCCAGCUGGGGAAGAAAGCAAACCACGAUCGAAAAAGAGCAUCUACGAAAAACACGUCCCAUCCACAAUGAAGAUACAAAUGAAGAACGGACUUGUCGUUGAUCCAGAUUCCGGGCUUAUUGGUGUAACACAUGUCUAUACGGAUGAUGAAGUGAUUUACAACUGUGUGUUGAAUAAGGUGGAUAUUCAGAUGGAUAAUAAUUCUUUUUAUAAAAUGCAGGUUCUUGAAGGGGAUCUAGUAAAGAAGUAUUACUUGUUUCGUUCUUGGGGUCGCAUCGGCACUACAAUUGGUAGUGUGAAAACGGACACAUACUACACCGCAUUUGAUGCAAUAGAGGCAUUCAAGAAACAGUUCAAGGAAAAAACGGGUAAUGAAUGGGAUCGUCACGAUUCUGAGUAUCAGAAGGUUCGAGACAUGUUCUUCCCCAUCGAGAUCGAUUAUAGUGAAAAGAGGAUGAAGCGUUUGCCGGCGGAUAGCGAUAUCAAAUCAGAGCUCUCGCUGCCCGUGCAAGAUCUUGUACGUAUGCUGUUCGACGUAGAUGCCAUGAACCGAGUAAUGGUCGAGUUUGAGCUGGAUAUGGAGAAGAUGCCUCUCGGGAAGCUAUCCCAGCGCCAACUGCAAUCGGCGAUGAAAAUUCUAUCAGAAAUAUCUGAUUUGAUCGGAUCGGGUGGAACGAAUGCGCAGUUUAUCGAUGCUUCGAAUCGCUUCUACUCCUUUAUUCCUCACAACUUCGGCGUAUCAGCCCCGAAGGUACUCGAUACCCUGGGACAGGUGAAGGAAAAACAGACCAUGAUCGAGAGCCUGCUGGAGAUUGAAUUCGCCUAUUCACUGUUGAACUCCGAGGAAGGCAAGAGCGACAGAAACCCUUUAGACGUCCACUAUGAACAGUUGAAAACGGAAAUCGAACCGGUUCUGCCAAGCUCGGAAGAGUUCGCUUUGCUUCAGAAGUAUGUUCGCAACACGCACGCCGCAACCCACAACGGUUAUGAACUCGAAAUUGAGGAAAUAUUCCGUAUCAAACGUAAAGGAGAAGAAGAUCGCUACUUACCAUUCCGUACGUUGCAUAACCGUAAACUGCUUUGGCAUGGUUCGCGCCUCACCAACUUUGUCGGGAUUUUGACUAAUGGACUCAAAAUCGCUCCCCCAGAGGCACCCGCGACCGGCUACAUGUUCGGUAAGGGUAUCUACUUUGCCGAUAUGGUAUCGAAAUCGGCAAACUACUGUUGCACCCACCCGGCUGAUCCGAAGGGUUUGAUGCUGCUGUGCGAAGUGGCGCUCGGUGAUGUGCAAGAGUUCAGUAAUGCCCAAUACGUUCAAAAUCUACCAAUAGGUAAGCACAGCGUAAAGGGUGUCGGUCACACGCAGCCUAAUCCCAAAGCAUCACAUAUCCGGCCGGACGGAGUGGAAAUUCCGCUCGGCAAAGGUGUUCCCGUUAAAGGGGUAAAUAGCCCAUUACUUUACAACGAAUACAUCGUGUACGAUGUGGCGCAAGUAAAUUGUCAAUACUUGUUAAAGAUGAACUUCAAAUAUAAGUGCAAUUAUUUAUGGUAAGCCAUCUUUACCUUGAACAUAUUUUUUAAACCAAAAGAAUUACAAAAUUGAAUUAGAACACUUUAAAAUGUAAGUGCUGUGUAUCACAGUGCCAA